GCCGCGGGAGAGAAGGUCCGUGCCCUCCCGAACUUUUUUCUUGCGCGGCCGGGAUUUAAUCCGGGCAAAUGCACCAACGGCGCCGGGCAGCUGUGAGCUGUGGCUCCAACGGUUUGACUACCCAGGAUUGAUACCAUACUUCACAUUGCCUCGCCGUCCGCAGCUAGUAUCUUCCCCGCCAACAUUAUCAGAACAGAUCGGAUAGCAGGCAAGAGAGCGAACAAGCAAGAAGCCGCCCCGAUCCGACCCCCCGAUCCGUCGACACACCUCCGCUUCCGGACCCUUCCCCGGGACACACGGCCGGCUGCAGUCGCAGAUCCAGUGGCCCUAGAAACGGCAACAACCACGCGCCAGACGACACCACACCCCCUCACGCCUCGGCAUUUGCGCCACCCUCAGUGACGUUGCGAGGAGGAGAGAAGGCGAGGGCCGAUACGAGUUUACCACAAAAAGAAGCGGCCCCGGCCCACGACUUCCAGGAUGGGUAUUCUCAGCGUAGUGAACAUGUGCUCGCACCUGCAGAACGCCAGCAAGGCGCGCCUCGGCCUCACGUCGGUGCCCAACACAAAAUACAACCUCAGAUUCGCCAUGGCGCUGCACCGCGCCGGCCUCAUAUCAUCCGUUACCCGCGCCGGCCCGACCCCGCCCCCGCCCGAGGCCCUGCUCACGUUCGAGGCCGAGCCCGUCACGACGGCCAACGUCGCCUCGCGCCGGCUCUGGCUCGGGCUCAAGUACUGGGAAAACAAGCCCGUCAUGCAGGACAUUGAGCCCAUCAGCAAGUCGAGCCGGCUCGUCCAGUGCAAACUCCCAGGGCUAGAGAAGCUCAUCAGGGGGUUCGACCACGGAUACAUCAAGGGUCUCUACAUGGGCGAGUCGCUGUUUGUGGGCACAUCCUGCGGUGUCCUAGAGGCCAGGGAAGCCGUGGAGAAGCGGGUUGGUGGUCUUGUGCUGUGCAGAAUCAAGUAGGAAGCUCAUGUGCUAGGACGGCAUUUCCAUCGCUUUCAUCAGGCAUACAAGUGCUUGGGUGAAAUGUGUAUUAUACUGAUGUAUUCGCUUUGCAUCACGCCAACAUGCUCUCGAUCGGUGGUCCGAUCUACCCAAUUCGAAGGCAUUGCGGCAUGCCUAUGCUUGCAAAAUACAGACCCAUUACUGUGCGCAAAUCACUCAGGACAGCCACCCCGCCUUGCUCGACGGAAUGUCUUUCUCCCUCGACAUAGCCCGACAUAGCUCAGCACGGAGGUACAAAGCUGCGCUCCGUUGGCCCAUACGAGCUCGGAUAGCAUGUAAGAGUAUUAAAAUGACCCUGGGGGCAAGGGCUCCCACCAACAUGCCACGGAACCCGUGUCCCGGGUUUCUUUGGAGUUUCGUCUCGACGGCUCAGGAUCUUCGAUCCUCCUCUCCUCGAUCCGACCCCCUGCAACGAACCACGAACCCUUUUAUCAGUGAUAGGCCCCCAUGAGUGAUCCAUUGGUGCUAUCAUGUUCGGCCUGAAGCUCUAUCUGUACGGCGGCGGCAGCUGCUGGGGGUGCUGAGGGGUGUCCUUAGGCGCUGAUAUGUUGACGAAAAAUAACAUCGGAAGCUUGGCCGCUUUAGGAUAUCCUCCGGCAGGCACGAGGAAUAGGAGGGCAAAGACUAUACAUCCACGGGGUUACCGAACCCAUUCGCUGCCAAUCUCCCUGUUUGGGGGCCAAUCACACACUCGGUGCCUCUGGGCUGGUGGUCGGGGUGCGAUGCGACGAUGAGCUUAAGCCGCCAACCUGCGUUUGCGGCCGCGGAACCGGUUGAUCAGAGUAGAAUACAGCCCGGUCUCGAGUUGAGGCGGUUCCGAGACGGCGGUACCGACCCGUGAUGCCAAGAAAUGAAGGGAUGAUUGGGGCGUUGGGAGAGCUCGCCUCGGGCGAGAGACGGAGGCGCUGCAUGUCUGGUGCUCGUCUAAGUGCCUACCUGUCUGGCUCAACCCCUCGCAGCACACACACACACACACACACACACA